AUGAACUCGGCAGAUGUACCGCCAGGAGACAAUAGCGCAAACAGUCUCGCAGUAGUCAAACAACUUCCUCCUGACCUCCUUCUUAUUAUCUUCAUUCAUGGAUUCAAGGGAACGGAUACAACGUUCGAGAACUUCCCUGCGAGGCUAGAGCAUGUCCUGAAGGAAACCAUAGAGAAUCUCAAGGUGGAAUGUAUACUCUUUCCCUCAUAUGAGACCAAAGGACAAUUGAACGCUGCAGUAGAACACUUUGCCGACUGGCUAACUACUCUGACCGUACAAAGAGAAGUCGCGGAUGGCAAUGGGGGAGGAGCCGGAAAAGCCAGGAUUGUGCUAUGCGGUCAUAGUAUGGGAGGGUUACUUGCUGCUGAUGCUUUACUGGCAUUUGUGAAUUCAAGACCUGACAAAGACGCCCCAUUGUGGCCGAAGAUCAUCGCGUGCAUAGCCUUUGAUACUCCUUAUCUUGGUCUUCACCCUGCUGUAUUCAAGAACAGUGCGACCAAGGCUGUGGAAUACGCCAGUACAGCCCGCACAGUUGUUUCAGACGUGUUUUCAUUGUUUGGCAAGAAAGGUGCAGCAUCGACCGCCUCUGAGCAAACCGCUGUUGCAUCUAUAACAGCGCCCCCCACUGCGGAAAGUGGUUGGGGAAAGUGGGGUCCUGCAGCGUAUGCUGUUGGCGGAGCGCUGGUGGCUGGCGCAGCUGCUGGAACAGCAUACUACCGCCGAGACGACAUCGGUUCCGGAUACGGCUGGGCUACUGAUCACUUGAAUUAUGUUCGCAACCUCUGGGAUGAGGAGGCAUUGCGAAAGCGUCUGCGAGAUUUGAUUGAUGCACAGGUACACCUUGGUGUUGUAUUCCGGACAUUUUACACCUUACUUCCACCACCACCACCUUCAUUCUCGACGCCGAGGACAUUCGCCAUUCUUCCUCCGCGAACAUCUCCGAUGGCUGCACACUUUCUUCCUGCAAGAAAUACACAGGCUGCAGAUGAAGUUCAAGCACACACCAACAUGUUCAAUCCAAGAUAUAAUGAUGGCUACUACCAGUUGGGACUCGAUACAGCCAAGAUCAUUCGGGAAGCCGUCAUGUCAGCUAGAGGUAUCACUGAGAAUGGCGAUACCGAGGCUCGGAAGGACGUUGAAGCAGCUGUUGCAAUGGAAGAGGCGUUGCCUGAUCAGGUGGGGAGCGACGCAAAACCAUAG